UCAAAAGCAAACAACGUGUUUUCUUCACAUUUACUUUUCGCUGUUCCACUGUGUGAUUAGUGCGUUCGUGCCUGCGAUACAGAGAUUUCUUUCAUUAAAAUAAAAGUAAUUUUUUUGCCGGUUGCUUGAAAUUUUUGUGGAAAUUUCGUUUUACUAUCAACUCAAUAUCAAAAUGUAUCGUUUACCAAAUGUUCUGCGUUCAGCUGCUGCCCGUCAAUUGAUUACUCGCUCAUACGCCAAGGAUGUUCGCUUCGGAAGUGAAGUACGCGCACUUAUGUUGCAGGGAGUUGACGUUUUAGCUGAUGCUGUUGCCGUUACAAUGGGACCAAAAGGUCGUAAUGUCAUUUUGGAACAAUCGUGGGGCUCACCAAAAAUCACAAAAGAUGGUGUCACGGUAGCUAAAGGCAUUGAAUUGAAAGACAAAUUCCAGAACAUCGGCGCCAAAUUGGUACAAGAUGUUGCAAACAACACAAACGAAGAGGCUGGUGAUGGCACCACAACCGCCACCGUUUUGGCUCGUGCCAUUGCAAAGGAAGGUUUCGAAAAGAUUUCAAAGGGAGCCAACCCAGUUGAAAUUCGUCGUGGUGUCAUUUUGGCCGUUGAUGCCGUCAAGGACAAUUUAAAGAAGAUGUCAAAACCAGUGACCUCACCUGAAGAAAUCGCACAAGUUGCCACCAUCUCAGCCAACGGUGAUAGUGCCAUUGGACAAUUGAUUAGUGAUGCAAUGAAAAAGGUUGGCAAAGAUGGAGUUAUCACGGUCAAGGAUGGCAAAACUCUUCACGAUGAAUUGGAAGUGAUUGAAGGAAUGAAAUUCGAUCGUGGUUACAUUUCUCCAUACUUCAUCAACUCAUCGAAAGGAGCUAAAUGUGAAUUCCAAGACGCUUUGGUAUUGAUUUCAGAAAAGAAAAUCUCAUCCAUCCAAUCGAUUAUCCCAGCCUUGGAAUUGGCCAACGCACAACGCAAACCAUUGCUCAUCAUUGCCGAAGAUGUUGACAGCGAAGCACUCAGCACAUUGGUUGUGAACCGUUUGAAGAUCGGCCUUCAAGUGGUGGCUGUUAAGGCACCAGGUUUCGGUGACAACCGUAAGAGUACAUUGCAAGAUAUUGCCAUCAGCACGGGUGCUCUUGUGUUCGGUGACGAUUCCAAUUUGAUCAAAUUGGAAGAUGUCAAAGUCAGCGACUUGGGACAAAUCGGUGAGGUUGUCGUCACAAAAGAUGACACUCUCUUGUUGCGCGGCAAAGGAAACAAAACUGACAUCGAUCGUCGAUCACAACAAAUCCGUGACCAAAUCGAAGAAACCACUUCUGAAUACGAAAAGGAGAAAUUGCAAGAACGUUUGGCUCGUUUGUCAUCAGGUGUUGCCAUGUUGAAAGUUGGCGGCUCCAGCGAAGUGGAAGUCAACGAAAAGAAAGACCGUGUCAACGAUGCUCUGUGCGCCACCCGCGCUGCCGUUGAAGAAGGCAUUGUUCCCGGCGGUGGUACCGCUUUGAUUCGCUCCAUUCCAGUAUUGGACAACUUGAAGGGAAAGAAUGAAGACCAAAAUAUUGGUAUUGGCAUCGUGAAACGUGCCUUGCGUAUGCCAGCCUUGACCAUCGCCACAAACGCCGGCGUUGAUGGAUCAGUUGUUGUAGCCAAAAUCGAAACAUCGGCCCCAGAAAUCGGAUACGAUGCACUUAACGAUGAAUAUGUCAACAUGGUUGAAAAAGGCAUCAUCGAUCCAACCAAAGUCGUGCGCACUGCAUUGACAGAUGCUUCCGGAGUUGCCUCACUUUUGACCACCGCCGAAGCCGUUGUCGUUGAAAUUCCAAAAGAAGAACCAGCUGGUGUUCCUGGCAUGGGAGGUAUGGGCGGUAUGGGUGGUAUGGGUGGUAUGGGAGGAAUGGGAGGUUUCUAAAUGAAGUAAAUGUCUCCGCAUUUCAUCACACAUCACCACCAUGAACAUUUCAUUCGACCAUCGAAGUGUGUGAGAUUUAGUAAACCAAAACACUCCGUAUACACACAUACAUGCAAACAAACACACAAAUCUAUGUCAUUUUGUCAAUGACACAAAUAAUAAUAAUAAUAAUAAUGAUAAAGAUAUAAACAAAUUGUUAACACGACAGUGGAAAGGGAAAUCGCUGAAUAAUUUAGUUUAAAAAACAAUUUAAAGAGAAUGUAGUGUAUGCAACAGAUUUGCGUACGUUUCUAUUUUAAUGAUUCCGUUAUUGAAUUGUAAAAAAGCAUUUAAAGGGAAUAAAUAAGUCAAAAAGAAAAGAAAUACACAGAAUUAAAUUCGAACAAUCAUGAAA